GAUUUAGGUGUUAAAUAUGGUUUAGGCCAGUGGUAAUUCCUUAUAAAUAUUUUGGAAAAGUCAAAGGUAUUUCUUAUUUUUACUCCAAUUUUAAUAGUUUAAGAUAUAUUUGAUUGCCUCAAAAAAACAAAUAUUUUCAUUCCAGUUGCAUGGACAAACACUGACCUUCUGUUACAUGUAAUUCAUGUCCCUUCCGUAUUCAUAUUCUAGAGUUCGUAGCAGUGGCGGAACUACUUGUUAGCAUGUGGGUCAAUUGACCCAUGUGAGUUUAUGAAUAAAAAAAAUUUACAUGUAUAUUUCUUUGGAAAUCUGGGAAAAUAAUGUAAAAUUUAGUAAAUUAACCCCUAUGAUAUAUGGUAAUUAUGAAUUUGACCCUCUUGACAAAUUUUCCUAGCUCCGCCACCGGUUCUUAGGCUAUCGGGAUAAACUUAGGUUAGAAUUUCAUUUGCUAGGAGCUAAACAUCACGUUUGGUGUACUUCGGUCAUCACUCCUUGUAAAAGAUUUCAAUAAAUACAUAUACAUCAAAAAGUUAUUUUUUGAGAGAACAAAUGUUUUGGAAUUUCCUUACAUCGCCAUAAAACGAAUAUUAUGAUGCGGCAAUUAAAAGAAAAAGUGUUUCAGAAAAAAAAAGAGUAGUUAAUCGAAAAUGUUCAAAAGAAAAGUAGUUAACCGAAGUAAACCGACGUAGAACUAGAAAUCGAAAAAGCAGAGGAAAUAAGGGUUUUGCGCCUGAACCCUAAACCCUGAUUUCUUGAUUUCUUGAAAUCAUCGACGACCACGCUUCAAUCUCUUUGCUUGCGCUACGUAGUAAGUUCCCAUUACCUUUUGACAUGUAUUCACUGAUAGUCCAUGGAAGAAGGUCCCUGGAUCUACACAAGUGGCGUAACUUAAGAGUUUCAGUGCAAAAUGCAUUUUCUUUUUCCAGUUCCUUCUCUUCUUAUGCCGCUAGUGCUAGAGAUGGUCGAAAAGAGCAGGUUUUCACUUUUUGUUACCUCGUUGAUUCGUUGGGUUUAACCGCAACACUCGCAGAAUCAAUCUCAAAGAAAGCCAGCUUCAGGGACAAGGGCAAUCCAGAUUCUGUCCUGAGGCUUUUGAGAAGUUACGGGUUCACAGACUCUCAGAUCUCUAGCAUCGUAACGAACUAUCCACGGUUGCUUCUGCUGGAUGCUGAGAAAUGUCUUGGUCCUAAGCUUCAGGUGAUCAAGUCAAUGGAAGGAGCUUCAAGCUCUGGUCAGCUCAUCGAGACUAUCUCAAAAGUUCCUAAACUCUUGGGAAUGAAAGGGGACAAAACUAUAACCAGAUACUAUGAUAUUGUCAAAGAGACCAUGGAAUCUGGUAAGAGUUCCAAGUUCGAGAAGCUAUGUCACUCACUGCCUCGUGGUAUGCAGCAGAACAAAAUCAGGAACGUAUCUGUUCUGAGAGAACUUGGAGUGCCUCAGAGGUUGUUAAGCCCUUUGCUCGUCUCGGACCACAAACUCGUCUGCGGAGAUGGAAAAUUCAAAGAAACCCUCAAGAAGGUUAUUGACAUGGGUUAUGAUCCGACAAGCUCACAGUUUGUUCAAGCUCUGGGGGCUGUUCGAUGGUUGAGCGACAAAGAGAUACAAGAGAAAGUCAAUGUCUACGAGAAGUUAGGCUUUUCUGUAAAAGAUGUAUGGGAAAUGUUCCUGAAGUAUCCUAUCUCUCUUAGAUUCUCGGAGGACAAUGUAACUCAGACGUUUAAAAUCCUGAAGACUUGUGGACUAGUAGAAGAAGAGAUCCUCUCAGUGUUCAAGAAGUUUCCACAAUGCAUUGGUUAUUCAAGGCUGAAGAUAUACAACUUCCUUAAAACUUGUUUUGGCCUUGGAUUUAACAUUAAUCAGUUUGCGAUGAUGGUCAAGCGCUUCCCUCCAUGUCUCAACAUGUCUGCAGAGAGGGUGAAGAAAAGGACCAAGUUUCUGGUGAAGAAGAAGAAUAAGCUUAUGCUGAGGAAGAUGAAAUGGUCACUAAACGCUGUGGCUUCGUUUCCUCAGGUGCUUGGAGUUAGCAUGGAGAAGAGGAUUGUACCUAGGUGUAACGUUAUGAAAGCACUCAUGUUGAAAGGGUUGCUCGGAGACAGAGAUAGCAUACUACCUGAUAAGGAAUCUGUCUUGUUAUGUACUGAUGAGGAGUUUUUAGACAGGUAUGUGAGGAAUCAUGAUGACAAGGAGCUUGUGGCUGAGUUAAUGUCUAUCUUCACCAGAGAUUCUGCUUCAUAGAUAGUUAAGGCUUGUGUCAAGGAGUGAAGUGUGUUUCUCUGACCUGGAUUUUCGCUUUAUAAGUUCAUGGAUAUGAUUCUAAAAACAGUUUAAGCUAUCAUAUUAUUUAACUGAAUAAUGUAAUGCCUUUGGUUUUUGUUUCAUUACCAUCUACCAAAGUAAUCAAACACAUGUUUGAUCCAUA